AUGUUUAAAGGCUUAAGAAAGAAAGCAUCAGUUUUACUGAUAUCUUCCCAACUGCUGCAAUCCAGUGUUGCUGAUACAAACUCUACGGUUUCAAAAGAUUCUAGUUCAUAUGAAAAAAUCUUAAAACAAGUUCAUGAUUUUGAAAUUGCCUUGCAAGCAAUGGAUUAUUUAUUGGAUGAUCGUUCUGAAGAAGGUACUGACUUAUUAAAAAUUGAAUCAGAAAAACACUCAUCCAAUAAUUCAGAUCAACCAGCUGCUAUUUUCCCCUUAGCAUUAGGUGUAAUGCAAUUUAUAGAAGCAACUUUAGGAUUUGAACCUGAAGUUAUGGCAAAGGCUCAAACAACAUUAUCAGAAGCAGAACAAGCUUCUUUAAAUAAUUCAAAAUAUAACAUUAAAAAUCAAUUAGCUACUUCUCAUAUAUACCCUCCGGGUACUGAAUUUCAAGUUACCCAUGCUGAAUCAACUCUUCUUAAUGCUUUAGUUAUGUUAUUACAUGAAAAUAACGGAAUGGUGGAAGGAGCCAAAGCUCUUUUCAAAUUAAGAAAAGCUUACCAAACUUUAGAUUCAGUUUAUAAAAAGAUCAAAGAACUGGAACCGGCUUUUAAUAAAAAUUUAUCAAAAUUUAAAAAACAAGCAAAUCAACAAAAUCAAAAUGGUAAAAAUAUUAGUACUGUUGAUUUACCCGGGUUUGAUACUUCUAAUAAUAGUUCAACCACUUCUUUACCACAAGAAAUUAAAUUAAUGAAAGAUUUAGAAAAAGUUUAUCAAAUGAGGAAAGCAAGAGUAGAAGGUACUAGUUUAGAAGGUAUUUCAAAACAAAAUCAACAGAAUAUUAACUUAUUUAAAAAUAAUAGUGCAUCAGCUUCUGCGGCCUCUUUAUCAAGAAAACCAAUAACUUCAAAUUCUUCUGAUAUUUCAAAUACAAAUGAUAAUCAUUUACAUGUAUCAACAAUUGAUGAAUUCAUUCAUUCAGGAGUCCAAUUGUGUUUUGGGAUUCUUCAAGUGGUAUUAUCUUUAAUCCCCCCAACAAUUGGUAAAGUAUUAUCAAUUGUUGGUUUUAGAGGUGACCGUAUCACUGGUUUACGUAUGUUAUGGAGAACUGCCAUCACUAGUAGAAAUAUUCAUGGUGAAUUGGCUUUAUUAUGUCUUCUUGUUUUAUAUGAUGGUCCGAUCCAAUUUGUGGAUUUUGGAUUCCAAACCCCUGAUCAAUAUGACUCAAACGUUAAAUCAAUUAUCCCAAUUAUUGAUUUAUCCAGUAUCACCGACUCUGAUCUUGAUAAAAUCAUGAGAAAUCCUGCGUUAUAUACAACUCAAUUACUCACCAAAGCUAGAAAAUUCUUUCCUCAUAAUGCAUUAUGGAUCUUACAAGAAGGUAGAAUCUUAGCCUCUCAAGGUAAAUUAAAAGACGCUACCCAUUUAAUGCAAAGUUUUACUGAUGACCCAAACAAUAAAAUCCAAAUGUUACAAGUAAAAUCAUUACUUGUCUUUGAUAGGGCAAUGUUGUAUGCUUUUAAUCAAGAAUUCGAUUCUGCUGCAGAAGAUUUCCUUAGCUUGGUGAAGUUAAGCUCGUGGAGUCAAGGUGUUUACCUAUAUUUAGCUGGUUCUUGUUAUUUAGCUCAAUGGAGAAUGAUUAAACUUGGAUUGGUAGAAUAUGAUGAAUCAGAACGUGACAAUUUACUAACAAUGUAUGCUCAAAAAGCUGAACGCUAUAUCAAAGAAGCUCCUACUUACGUUCCUGGUCAUGGUCAUAACGCUUCUCAGAAAAAGGGUGGUAUUGGUGGAUCCAAUAAACAAAUGCCUUUUGAUAAAUUCUUAUUAAGAAAAUAUAAAAAUAUCGAAACCAAUACAAAGAAAUACCCCGAACUUUCAUUUGUCGAAUGCAUUGGUACUUCUCCAAUUCACGAACUUGUUUAUUUUUGGAACGGUUAUAACAGAAUGCAACCUCGUGAUUUGGAAAUAAGUUAUAAAGUUUUAGGUUUUACGGGUGCACCAAAUACUGAAGCUUCUUUAAACUCGCAUGAAUUCGACUAUUCUUCAAUUGAAGAAACAAAAGAUGAAGCCAUGGUGAGAUAUUUCUUACAAGCCAUUACUUUAAGACAGUUAGGAAAAUGGAAAGAAGGUUUAAAACUUCUCGAUUCUCAUGUUAUCUCUCGUUAUGUAACUCAAGAUUCACCAGCUGGUUUUAAAUUUAGUCGUUUGACUUAUAGCCCUUAUUUAUACCCAACUGCUCUUUAUGAAAAAUCCAUGUUUGUUUGGCUUUUCAAUUCUACUGCACCAGAUGCAGAUAUUAAGAAUGCCAUCAAAGAAAGUCAAGCAUGGAUGAAAAAGGCUGAAAUAGUCUCAGACGUCGGUGAUUACGAAUUAAGUACAAGAACCAGUAUGAGAAUAAAGGCAGCUGGUGACAGGUUAGACCAAUUGAGUAUCGAACGAGCUUGA